AUGCUUAAAAGGAAAAACGAGGAGAGUGAGGAAAAUACCGCCAAGAGGGUUGCUCUGGACAGUGAGGCUGUUGAGAAGAAAGAUAUUGAGGAGGAUAAACAGAAAACAUCAGUUCCACUCGAUGCAUCAAAGAACCCUUCUGGUGCCAACGAGUUGAACUCUGAGGAAGAUUCUUCGAGACCUGAAACCAAUGAAAGUGAUGAUAAAGAUAAUACCAAUUCAAAGGAUACUAUUCCCGCUGAAUUUUCGCAUGAAGCUGAAAACGUCAACAUGAACGAUGAAAAAAUAGAAGAAGGCAACAACGAAAGGAACGAGGAUGAGGAGAUGGCAAGUAAUGAUGGGAACGAUGAUUCAAAGAACGGGGAGGGCUCAAAGGAAGAGGGACAGGAAGGAUCGAAGGAUCAGUUAUCUGGUGCAGGUCCUAUUUCUUCACAUCGGGUGGUACAUGACGAUGAUCCGACGUACGUUCACUUCAGAAUGCUUUGCACGAUUAGCGAGGCUGCAACAGUUGUUGGGAAAGGUGGCGAGACAAUUAAGAAGAUCAAGGAACUUUCAAAUGCUCGCAUAAACGUGAGUGAUAACUUGAAAGGUGUUCCAGAAAGAGUGAUUAGCGUGAGAGGCCCUGCCGAAUACGUUGCCAAGGCGUUUGGAUUGAUUGUGAGGAUGCAACUAGGUGAGCCGCUGAAUGUUCCUUCAUCUUUAGAAUCCCAGCAGUACAACUUGCGUCUUUUGUUUCCACACACGAUCAUGGGUUACAUUAUUGGAAAAAAGGGAAGCAGAUUCAGAGAGAUCGAGGAGAGCUCUGCCGCUGCUCUGAAGGCAAAUGACCAAAUUCUUCCUGCUUCGACAGACCGUGUUCUCAACAUCAAUGGUGUAGCUGAUGCCAUCCAUAUUGCAACGUACUACAUAGCACAGACGGUGAUAGAGCACAAGCAGCAAAUGUCCAAGGCCAUAUAUUACAACCCUGCAAACUUCGCCCAGCCAACCAUCCCAUUAGUUAAUUCUUCCGCUAGAAGAUUCCAACAUCGCAUGAUGGGUGAUUUCCGCGGUGGACGAAUGGGAAGACAGUUUGGUCCUCAGCCUGGAUUUGGACCAAUGAUGGGCAUGCCAUCCCAGAUGAUGGGCAUGUACGGCCAAAUGUCCCCUCAGGGAAAUACCAACGGUCAAUCCCCAGAAUCUGGUGAUGGGCAAUCUAACAUGGGAAGAAUUUCGGGAGGAAAACCGCCACAGAUGGGAGGAUACUUCCCUCCUCAGUAUGCUCCACAGUUUAACCCUGCUGCCGUGGCAUCCAAUACCAGAGCUGAAACUGUGACUACUGGUGCAGAUGGGAAGCUGAACCAAGAUAUAUUUGUUCCUCAAAAGCACAUUGGUCUCAUCAUUGGUCGUGGAGGAAGAAAUUUAAAGGAUAUCCGCCAGCAGACUGGAUGCUACGUGAAGAUCAACGACGAAGUUCCCGGCUCCACGGAAAGAAAAUUGACCUUGAUGUCAAACAAUAUGUACGGAAUCCAGAAUGCUCUUCUUUUGAUAAACAACAAGAUUGAGAACGAGAAGAUGCGCGAGCAAAGAGGACAAAGGAGAGAGGGAUCACCAGAUCGUCAGCAGGGCAUCGAAGGAAAGAAUAAUUGA